UGCACCACGUGACUGAACACGGAAGUAUAGCGUGCGAUAACAUUUAGUAGAAAAUUGGAAAGGAGUUCACUCAUUCUAUUGUGUCAACAAUGAGAAGAAUUAUAGCCAUACAAACCGUUUGCCUACUUUGUUAGAAAUCGAGCUAAACAGACUGAAGUUUAUAAAGUUUUGCAGAAGGAUGCUGAUUUGACAGCUCAAAUUCCUCGCUUCUUGUGCCUGAUUGGCUAAAACAAGCCCGUUGAAAUUGGGGGUUCGUAUCGGUGGAGAAUGGCUAGCAAGCCUGCUAGCUUCGUAUUUUAAUCAGUGCUAGCCCACAAUCCAUUUGAGCGGAGUUCUUAUCUGUCUGUCCUACUGUUGCGCAAGAGAGACACAUGAAAAUUGGCUUGACUACAUAAUCAAGCUUGACAAAAGGUGAACAUCUGCUGCUGCACAGUAUGGAAUACCAUAGGGUCCGUAAAGUAUACAAGUGUUCUGCACACCUAGAAGUGGUGCUGCGGUGGUCACCAACCCUGAUUCCUGCCAAGCAUCAAAUAGCCUACCUGUUUCAACUGAUCACCGGAGCUGGUGACCACUGUGGUAUAGUGCAGUGGGGACCCCCAGUUGUCUAACAGAUUUCCUCUAUUCCACCCGAGCACCCCUCAAGCCCUUGACAGAGGACUAGGUGUGGAUGACCCCUCCCCUUACGAGAUGUAACAGGAUGCUGAACCAUCACUGUAGAAGGAACCCCGAGCUUCAAGAGGAGCUGCAGAUACAGGCUGCAGUGGCAGCGGGGGAUGUGUACACUGUCAGGAAGAUGCUGGAGCAAGGCUACUCUCCGAAGAUCCGUGAUGCCAACGGGUGGACCCUGCUCCACUUCUCCGCUGCCAAGGGGAAGGAGAGAUGUGUCCGGGUCUUCCUGGAGCACGGAGCUGACCCCACAGUAAAGGACUUCAUCGGCGGCUUCACGGCGCUCCACUAUGCCGCCAUGCACGGCCGCGCGCGCAUCGCCCGCCUCAUGCUGGAGUCGGACUUCCGCAGCGACAUCAUCAAUGCCAAGAGCAACGACGGCUGGACGCCGCUGCACGUGGCCGCCCACUACGGCCGUGACUCUUUUGUGCGGCUCCUCCUUGAGUUCCGCGCCGAGGUGGAUCCCCUCAGCGACAAGGGCACCACGCCCCUCCAACUCGCCAUCAUCCGCGAGCGCUCCAGCUGCGUGAGAAUCCUGCUGGACCACAGCGCCAACAUCGACAUUCAAAAUGGCUUCCUGCUGCGCUACGCCGUCAUCAAGGGGAAUCAUUCCUACUGUCGUAUGUUCCUGCAGCGGGGUGCGGACACUAACCUGGGUCGCCUCGAGGACGGGCAGACCCCGUUGCACCUAUCGGCACUAAGAGACGACGUGCUGUGUGCCCAGAUGCUCUACAAGUACGGCGCCGACACCAACACAAGGAACUACGAGGGCCAGACUCCCGUGGCGGUGUCGUCGAGCAUGUCGGGCAUUAGCCGGCCCUGCCUGGACUUCCUACAGGAGGUCACCAGACAACCCAGGACUUUGCAGGACAUGUGUCGGAUAAACAUCCGAAAUCGCAUAGGCCUCCAGAGCUUGAAGUUUCUGGAGGACCUGCCCAUUGCCAAGGUCAUGAAAGACUACCUAAAACACAAGUUUGACAAUGUGUGAUGACAAGAGUUUUUUUUAUAUAUACACCCCCCCCCGAACCAGGCAGACGGAGAACGUCGUUCUCUCCUUUCAUCAGACUAUGCAAGCAUUGUGCUACCUUCCGUUGUCUGAAGCCUGGAGGAGGUGGAGGACCAGGUUUUUGUACAACCUCCAGAGGUCACUUUGUAACCUCAGUUAAACACGCUGUCGGAUGGUGGAGACGGAGUAUCUUUCUCUCUCGGCUGUGUUUCCAACCGCGUUAUCAGCGUUACGCCUUUGGAUGGACGGGAACAGGUGGCAGUGUUUCAAGUAGGGCUUUCUUUCAAUCAUGAUGAAUGGUUGAUGAAGUGGUGCAGUCCUAAUUCAUGUUGUGGAAUAAAGCUUGUUUUGAUAGAAAUUAGAUGACCGUCGAUUCGUUGCUGUCAUGUUACCCAUAAUGUAUGUCACAUGUCAGAUUUCAGUCCACAUCGUGCCAAUGAUUUUCUUUGUGGAUAUUAAGUGUUCCUAUUAGUUUUCAUGAAGAUGCCAAUGUUUCUUUGCUGUGGUAAAUCUGGGGAAGUUGAGCGCGAGAGAGAAAGGAUUGUCAGACUGGAAAACUUGUUGCAGAAUGGGUCAAUCUUGUGAUACAACAUUUCAAAUAAUCAGGUUAUCAAAACCCCUUAAUUAUUCAAGUAUUACAAAAGCUCAGUGCUGAGUUACCUCAAGCUUGAGUUGGCUAAAGUACACCCGUUUUGACUUGAUUUAUUGAUUGAAGGAUUCACAAGUGAGCGAUACCGAGGAAGGUUUUCAGUAGAGGGAAGGCCUGAGUUUUCCACAUUUACAGUAGGUGUUCACAAGAUGAGUCAUCCAGCAUAGCUCGGUGAAGUCUGUCUGCAAUGGUUUCCAUGUACAGACAUAAACAUCGAAAAAAACAAAUGUAAAUAAUUGUCAUAUGUACAGCAGAUAUUUUUGUAGAAUUAUUUAAGCGAUGAUCUCCUCUAUUCUUAAUGUAUUUGUAAUUUGUUGGAUGGUAUUGUGUGUUGAUGUGACCCAUGUAUUGUUUUUCUAUGUGUAUGCGUGUCUUUUAAGAGUUUUACAAGACACGCACCUGUAUUUUUUUUAACUAAAUAUUUAGUUAAAAUACGUUAAAAUUAUUUUUACUUUGUGGGAGAUGGAACGGGUAUUGGGUUAAGAAUAAAUAAGUGAAUUUGUGUUUAAAUGUCAA